AUGGCUUCAGUAUUGGACUUGUAUCGCACCGUCAGCGCAGCUUGGACUGAAGGUCGGCUCGAGAAUGUCCUGCAGCGACAAAAAGAGCUUGCUUCUCUGCAUAGCAACGUCAAAAAGUCGUCAGCUAGCUUGAUCAGAGCUCUUACACAAGAUCUGCAAACCACCGACAAGAGCGCGGCUGAGGAGCUUCAAUUGGCGCUCGACACGAUCAAAACCCUCUACGAUAGCCUCGAUUUCCCAAAGUCCAUAUCCCAGGAGGUCUCGGUCAAGAGAGGUGCCAGUGCGACCAACAACUUGGUCGCGUUGGGACCGACUCUGAUUGACCCAUCUCCCUACUCCCCUGUUGCCAGCACACUUGCUCCACUGGCCGCGGCUGUCGCCGCUGGAAGCGUAGUGGUCGUUCUGGCCAACAAGUCUGCUCCUACAGUCACUGUCGAGCUACAAAGACUCGUCAAAGAGAGCUUGGAUAUUGAAGCCAUCGCCGUCACGAACGAUGACUCGGCCGACACGCGACAUCAGCUUGGUACCAAGUUCUUCGGGGUUGCUGUCCUACAGAACUUGGCAGAGAGGGCCAACAUGCUGAAGCAGCUGUACCAAAAGAACCCGCUCAUCAAGAUUCUGUCACCACCUUCUGGAAUGCCUGCCGCGUUCGUCGAUCGCAGCGUUCCGGAUUUGGAGGCUGUCUCGACUCAUCUCUACCACGCAGCAAUCGACAGUCCCCGCCACAACCCGCUGAGGAUCCCAAGGCUUUGUUUUGUCGACGAAACACUCAUCGCCGAUCUUGAAGGACUACUGUGCCACGCAGGCCCAAAAGCGAAUGAGUCGUUGACCUUGACCACUGGGCAGAGCAAUGCUCAGGCUUUAAGCAAGGCCUUAAAGUCCAAGUUUCCCUCUGUCACGAAGCGGACGGCUACAAAGCCUUCUGGUCAACUCCCUGCCGUUAUUGCAUUGAGCAGCUCCGACCCAUUGACGGUCGAGACCAUCUCUCCGAUGGCAGAGUUGUUGACGGAGAGCCACAACGGCCUUUUACUGAUCCCAACUCGGAGUUUGGAUCACGGCAUUGAUAUACUGAACAAGCUAAACGACAACUCUCCAUCUCAGGCGACAUAUAUCUUCGGUGCAGCCAAGUCAUCCUUCUAUGUUGCAGCCUUCAGCAAGACUCUUCAAGUCUUCAUCAACACCAUUCCCCAGUGGUCACUUGUUGCUGUUGCACCAUCCUCUUCAUCGAUAUCUGAUAGCCGAUCUCUCUUUUCCAGGGGAGACUUUUCUGUGAACAAGCCCAUCAUUCAAGAGCCACUCAGGCCUGUUUUGGAGCUUGCUAUCCGUGCCAAGGCUCUCUGGCCCUUCAUGUCGCAGACCCUGCGGCUCGGAAAGAUCAAGCAGCCCAAGGGAGGAAGGCUGAGCUACUUUGAGCGCGGCCUAAUUGUCGGGUUGGCAUUGACACUGGUCGCCAUUUCAGGGACUUCGGUGGGCAUUCAUCGCGCAAGCCAACAUUUCUUUAAGCGUGUGUGA